AUGGCCACCAUCUCCGCAAUCCGGGCCUCCAACUCCCGAAUCACAUCAGACACUGUACCUCGCACGGCAGUCUUCACCGGAGCUACAGAUGGCAUUGGAAAGGCGACACUUACUCGCCUAAUUUCUACGAAUCUGCCAGUCCGGGUCUUUGUCAUUGGCAGGAACGGCAAGAAGCAUCAAUCGUUUCUAGAUGAGCUUCGACAAUCCAACAGACAGGCACAGAUCACCUGGUUGGAAGGUCAAUUGUCUCUUCUAGUAGAUACCAAAAAGCUGUGCGAUGAGAUUAGGAGACGCGAGACGAGUCUUGACUGCUUGUACCUGAGCGCUGGCUUUAUCUCCUCGGGGGAGCGCAUUGAAACAUCUGAAGGAAAAAGCCUCUCACUAGCACUCACCUACUACAGCCGAAUAUUGCUGAUGACUGAACUUCUCCCCUUACUCAAUUCAUCGCCCAAUAGCCCACGCAUCGUGAGUAUCCUCAACGCUGGUUAUGAAUCAUCUUCCAUCUACCUCGACGACAUCGAUCUCGAGAAACCAGGUCACUUCGGUCUGGGCCCUCUCACAAAAUCGAUGUCCACCUACACUACAUUGUCAAUGUCGAGAUUGGCUCAGGAAAACCCUCAUGUGGUAUUCAUCCAUCAUUAUCCUGGUGGAGUCAGUACAGAUGCCUUUAAGAAGGCCUGGGGUGGAAAGUGGUAUUGGCCACUGUUUAAAGCUGCGUUGUCUGCGUUUGGAACGUCUCCUGAAGAUGCUGCGGAGAAGGUGUUGUAUUUGAUCACUAGUGCUAAAUAUGGUGGCAGGGGGGUUCCGCUUGGUGAGGGACAGAAGGCUGGUAUGACUAUGACGAAGUCUGUUCAGGGUGGUGAUCUGUUCGCCAUUGAUGAUAAGAUGAAGGAGCUGUUCCAGGGGAAGGUGAUGUUGGAGUUGCAGGCCAUGAACGCGGGUGAUAUUAUUUGGCGCAGGACGGUGGAGACACUUGCGCCGUACUCUUCGUGA